UAGGCAGCUAAGUGCUAGCCUUUGGUCUUCAAAAGGCAUUGGGCUGCUAUUUUGUAUUCGCUGUAUGGCAGCUCAGGAUAGUAGUCUUCCAAAAAGGGAGUAUUAAUGUAAUAAAUAGAAUAGUAAUGUCAGCAAGGAGACUAUAGAGAACUUCUUGUAAUCUAGCAACUUUGAAUCUCCACUGAUGUAUGAAGUUCCAGAGCACCAAGGCAACAGCGCAGACAGUUCGGGAAGCAGCUUGGGAAGCUCUGUGACAGCAUGUAAGAAGAUUCUCUGCAGUAACAGUCUGCUAGAGUCAACAGACUACUGGCUGCAGAAUCAGAGGACACCAUGCCAAAUUGGCUUUCUGGAAGACAAGUCAGAAAGCAACUGUGCCUCGGUUUGUUUCGUGAAUUUAGAUGCAAACAGAGAUGACUGCGGUGACGAGCAAGUGAAACAGAGAUUGAUCAGCAUCUCUCCAAAUCUCCCCAAACUUAUCAGCUCCAUGAACGUACAGCCGCCAAAGGAAAACGAAAUAGUCCUGCUGAGUGGGUUAACAUCAGGAAAUCUUCAGGCCGAUUAUGAAAUUCCCCAGUGUCCUUGGCUGGCAGAUGUCUGCUUGGUUCAGUGUGCACGGGGGGACAGGAAAAACAGCACAAGCUGCAUCAUCUUUGAAAUAAACAAGUUUCUGAUUGGACUUGAGCUUGUUCAGGAGAGACAGCUGCAGAUAGAAGCUAAUGUCUUAAAGCCUGAGGAUGAUACAAACUGUUCAGUGUCCUCAAUAGAAGAAGAUUUCCUCACAGCAUCUGAGCACCUCGAAGAUGAAAACGAGGCUGAUGAAUAUAAAGCUGGUCAUGAAAAAUCAAGUGUUUCUGAACUUUCUUCAGACCUCAAAAAAAAUAAAGGAAAGGGACCUGAAAAUCCUCACUACAGAAAAGCCAGGUUGUCCCCUAUUCUUGAUGAAAACUCUAUUAAUAAAGAUAACACAGCUGCCAGAGCCUCCGAAGCUCUGACUGUUGUGGCUGAGGAUAGCAACUUACAACUUGAACAUAAGUCAGCCCAAGAAAUACUCUGGCAGAAGGAAUUAGCUGAAAGAGCUACAUCGUCCCUCAGUACUAAUAAUUUGACUGACAAGGUUGGAAAUUCCUGCUCAGCUCAUGUGUUCGAAGAUGUAUCUGUAACUGAAAUGGCUAAAGAGGAGCUGGGGCCUCCGCAUGACCCAACAGCAAAACAGGACACUAAGAUGGAUGUGGAAAAUUGUGCAGGUAUUAAGAAAGCUGAUCCUCCCCUGCAGAAUGAGCAAGCAACAACGGGUCAGUAUGCCACAAAUUUAGCAGAAUCUGUUCUGCAAGAUGCAUUUAUUAGACUGUCCCAGUCUCAACCCACUUUUACUGAUGAGGCUGCUGUUAGCAUCUCUGUAGGAAGCUCUUGUAAAGCAGAAGAUACGUCUGCUUCCCGAUCAUGGAAUGAACUUCCAAAGAUUGUCAUAGUGCAAAGCCCAGAUAGCUCUGAGGAGGUCUCCGAAAAAGCGGAAGUUUCAGAUUCCUGUGAGGAGGAACAUGCAGACGGGCACACCCAGAGUGCCUUGGAAGUGGCUCUGGCUUGUGCAGCCACAGUUAUUGGAACCAUUUCAAGUCCCCAAGCUGCAGAGAAAUUCAGAAGAGAUCAAGAAGCCACAGACUCUAAAAGCAGAGCAGUUGAUAAUGAAGUGCUACAGACAGCAUCUUCACAGCUACUUGAUGACUGUGCUGGCACAGAAUAUUCAUUUCCAUCUGCUCUGUGUGGCAUGACUCAAGUAGCAAGUGCUGUAGCAGUCUGUGGUCUGGGCGAAACAAAGGAAGAUAAGUACCCUGCGGCUUCAAGUGGGCUCCUGUCUGCUGCUCAGACUUCUGCAGCCAUUACUCUUCAUUGUAGCAUAGCCAUAGGAAGCAGCAUGGAGAAGCUGAACGAUAGCAUUGCAGAGACUCUUCUCAGAGAGGCAUCAAUAAUUUUGACAAAGCCCAGCACCUACAAAAACGUAGGGCAUUUUAUGGAGUCCAUGAAUGGAAGAAUCAUUGAAACAGUGGCAAGGCCACGGAUUCCACACUCUGAUGAAGUAAUCAGGGAUGAACUUGCACAAAACUUAUCCAACAUUAUUCUACGACAUUCUGUUGAAGAGGUUAGGAAGAAGAGACAGCUACAGCCUCAUUCAGAAUACAGCUCAAGUACACAAGACAUUUUCAUGGAGACUGCAAAUGAGUUGCUUUUUAACGUGAUAUAUUUCACUUAUAAGAAGAUGAAUGAUAUAAGACAUGCUGAUGAGUGUUCUCCUCUCUUUUCUGAGGGCACGAAAGCUGAGAAAGUAACUGUAGCAGAAGGUUGGCCAGCACAGGCAACGCCACAUGAAACACUGCACAGACCCCCUGACCACUCUGCUAGUGUGCCAUUGCACACCUCUUACAGUACUAGUGCUGGCAGUGAUCUUGGAGAUGUCACAAGCACUGGGAAAAGUAGUAUGACAGAUGUAAGUAGCUGGGAAGGUGUCCCACUGCAUUCAGGACCAACAAGUAGAGCUACUGGGCAUAGUGCACUUCUUGCAAAAACAUCUCCCAAGAAGAGAUACUUGAAAAGAACUGCACGAGACUGUUACAAAUCACCAAAUCAGAAUACCAAUCAAAAGAAGAAAGACUACAGAUCAUUUUCAGAUGGAGGAGAAACCUUUACAGACCCUGAAUGCAAACACGGUGUCCAAGAACGACUGUCUUUUGAUGCCCCUGUAAAUGCAGAGAACCAGGCCAAGCAUAAGUGUGAUGCUGUGCUAAGUAAUGAUGUCCAAGUCAGCUUGUCUUUAUUAGGAGACCAUGUCUUGCUUCCUUCUCGGCCUGUGCUACAGGUGAAACAUUCCAGGGACAAAUACUGUAUCGCAGAUUUUGCGGAAGAACUGGCAGAAACAGUGGUCUCUAUGGCAACAGAAAUAGCUGCCAUUUGUCUUGAAAACUCCAAUGGAAAGCAGCCCUGGUUCUGUGCUUGGAAAAGAGGCAAUGAGUACCUGGUCACCCAGAGUUUAUCAUGCCGAACCAUAAAGAGGAAAAAGGAAACCCAGACUAACAGUUCAGUGGUUCGGAAGCACAGGGCACCUAGACUUAGCGAGAUCAAAAGGAAAACAGAUGAGCAUCCUGAGCUGAAAGAAAGACUGAUGAAUCGGGUAGUGGAUGAAUCUAUAAACCUUGAGGACACACCAGAUUCUGUCAGUAUCUUUGCAAAUGAAGUGGCCGCCAAGAUUAUGAACCUCACUGAACUCUCUGUGGUUGACAGCAUCUGGCAAGGUCCAAACCAUCCCAGGAACAGGCUGCACUGUGAAAGAUGGAGCCGAGGCAAGGCAUCGAGCUGCGAGAGCAUCCCCGAGGAAGACGCAGAUUCCAGAGGCUCCCUCCAUACCCUCGGCCUGACGAACGCUUUUGGUCAGCCUGUGAGCCAGACGAGUUCAGUCUCUAAACAGUCGAGCUGUGAAAGCAUUACGGAUGAAUUUUCAAGAUUUAUGGUGAACCAGAUGGAAAAUGAAGGAAGAGGCUUUGAUUUGUUACUGGAUUACUAUGCAGGAAAGAACGCAAACAACAUCUUAUCAUCUGCUUUGCAACAGGUAGCCAAGAAGAAUGGUCAUCUUAACGUAAAACCAAGCUGCCCAUCCAAACAGUCCAGCACAGAAAGCAUAACAGAAGAAUUUUAUAGGUAUAUGCUAAGAGAAAUAGAAAAGGAAAACAAAGAUAACGCAUCUUCCCCCCGGAAUUCAAAGGACUGGUGUGGCAGUUUGCUGCCUCCCUCUCUACGAACACCUUUCUGUUAUAGACAGUCCUCCAUGCCUGACAGCAGGUCAUCGGGCUCCAGGCUAACGGUGAAUACCCCCGUUAAAGCAAAUUCUCUAGAUGGAUUUGCCCGUCAUCACCAGGAUUCCUUAAGUGUACAGCCAGUCAGUAGUGCGGGUUCUUCGAGUCUCUGCAAGUCUGACUCAUGCCUGUACCAAAGAUGCAAGACUGACCAGAUAACAGACAUGCUGAUUCAUGAGACAUGGGCCAACUCUAUUGAAUCACUAAUGCGCAAAAACAAAAUUAUAGCAGAUGAGGCAGAGACUGCAGAGGCAGAUCAGCCUCACAGUGAUUCUCCGCAGCACGUGGAACAGUAUGCAAACAGACUGGCUGCAAAUAUUGUUGAAAGUGGUAAAAAUUUCAUUGUUGUCCAGCCAGAUUCCCUUGAUUAUACAAGCCGAGAACACAUGCCGGAAAGCAAGCAUCAGAUGCAGUCAAAACCCAAAGGAGAGGGAGUAGGUUCAGAUGAGAAGAAAGGGCUUGAGAAUGCUGGAUCCCUCCCUGCUGGUCAGCGCAGGGAAGUGCCCUUAAUUCAGAUAGAAACUGAUCAACGAGAUGAGCCAGAAGAGUCCCUAACUGCAGGUGAACCUUCUGAAAAGGAGCAUCUAAGCAAAGAAAAGCCUCCAGAAGAAUAUGCUGUGAAGCAGAUGGUUUCCAGUUCCCUACUAAAUAGCAACAGUCCUCAGAGCAGACCAGAGGCUGAACCCAUAGCAGAGACAAAAGCAGCAGCAGAAUUCCCAAACCAGCUGAGCAGCAGUGAGGAGAGCACGGGCAGCUGGUCCCAACUAGCUAACGACGAGGACAACCCUGAUGACACCAGCAGCUACCUGCAGCUCAGCGAGAGGUCCCUGAGCAAUGGCAACAGCAGUACAACUAGCAGUCUUGGCAUUAUGGACCUGGAAAUUUAUCAGGAGAACAUGCCACCUUCUCCUAUGAUUAAUGAAUUAGUAGAAGAAAAGGUUUUCCUUAAAGACCAGACAGAAAAUAUAGAGGAAAGCACUUCUGUGCUCUCAGUGGGAACAGCCAAUUGUCAGAAGGAGCUGCUGGUGAUCAACUUCGACCUGGAGCCGGAGCGGCCCGACGCGGAGCUGCGAGCCACUCUGCAGUGGAUCGCUGCCUCGGAGCUCGGAAUUCCAACCAUCUAUUUCAAGAAAUCUCAGGAGAACAGAAUUGGAAAGUUCUUAGAUGUUGUGCAAUUAGUUCAACGGAAGUCCUGGAAAGUGGGGGAUAUCUUCCAUGCCGUGGUGCAGUACUGCAAACUCAGCGAGGAAGGCGGCGAGGUGACACCGAGCCUGUUCGACUGGCUUCUCGAACUGGGUUAA